CUGCUGCUGCUCUUAUUUAAGCAUAGAGAAAGGAAGUAACCACGGGCUAGCUAGUUAGCCGGUCUGAAAGCUAGACAGUCUGUCACAAAACAGUGGACUUUUCAGCUUCUUUUAACAGCAAAAAGACGCUGCUCUCAAAUUGAACACACCCGUUAAACGCGUGAUGCGUUUUUCUGUCGGUUCGUUUUAAUUUUCUUUUUAAUUUUUUUUUUCGCCUCAGCUUCAAACCGUCAACUGUGAUCUUUGUGUAUGUGGGACUCCAGCGUUGUUAGCUCACUUGAUACAAGUCAUUCCUGGUUCCACGUAAAAAGGAGACAACGGAGAGGAAAAUCCCACACUGAGGAGCUGUAACUCGAUUAGCAUUUAUUUCAUUUUUCUGCUUGAAUCGCCGGGAAUGCAGUGAAGGAUUAACACCGAGACAAUGAAAAACACAGCCGGGAAAGCUCUGGAUUAUGGGCAGGGAGAAGACGCAUCCUGGGGCUGUAUAUGGUGUUCCACUGCCUGAUGGCUCAGCUCUGAAGGUGCUGUCUGGUGACGGGAGCAGUGGGUGCGGCAUGCUGAGGCCACUCCCCCUGGCUCAGGAUGAGUGUCAGAGAUGGCGCUGCCACCAUGGCAACGAACGCAGGUGGAGGAAAAGGGGGAGGUGGGCCAGAUAACUCUACUGAAAAUGAUGGUCGCUCAUACCAGCUCCAGAUCUACCCACGGCUAGCUGCCCAUCCCUCCACCUGCUGCAACCUUAGAGUGCAGAAGGAUGCAACCGCAGCUUCUGUGAUCUCGGAUGCUGCCACGGCACUGGGGCUGGACCCCGGCCGUCUGUAUGUGCUGGCGGAGGUGAAAGAAUGCGGUGGAGAAGAGUGGGUGCUGGAAGCUGGAGACCAGCCAGUACAAAGGUUUCUGCUGUGGCCACGGAAAGCCCAGGAGGAACAUCCUCGAAGCUUUGGCUUUUACUUCCUACUACAGGAAAGGAAUCAUGAUGGUUCCAUCCAGUAUGUCCACCUCCCACCUGUGUCCAAGGAGCAGGAGGUGCAGCAGUUAGCCGCUAGAGGCUUCCUUCCACCUCCCCAGGAUGACUUUGCAGACCUUUGUAACCUCCCUGUCCUCAAUGAGGACAGGAUAUUAAAUAAUCUGCGCACACGCUUUUACAAGAAAAAGAUCUACACCUAUGCAGGCAGUAUCCUCAUCGCUAUCAACCCCUUCAAGUUUCUGCCUAUCUACAACCCUAAGUAUGUCAAGAUGUAUGAAAACCACCAGCUGGGGAAACUGGAGCCUCAUAUUUUCGCUAUCGCCGAUGUAGCUUACUAUGCCAUGCUCAGGAAGAGGGUCAACCAGUGCAUCGUCAUCUCUGGGGAAAGUGGUUCGGGCAAGACUCAGAGUACCAACUUUCUGAUCCACUGUUUGACUGCGCUCAGCCAGAAGGGUUAUGCGAGCGGCGUGGAGAGGACUAUACUAGGUGCUGGACCAGUCUUGGAGGCCUUUGGGAAUGCCAAGACAGCCCACAACAACAACUCCAGCCGCUUUGGUAAAUUUAUCCAGGUGAAUUAUCUGGAGAGCGGAGUGGUCAGAGGGGCUGUGGUGGAGAAGUAUCUCCUGGAGAAGUCACGUCUGGUCUCCAGAGAGAAGAACGAGAGAAACUACCACGUGUUUUACUACCUGUUGUUGGGAGCUUCAGAGGAGGAGAGGAAGGCGUUUAAGUUGUUGCCACCUGAAGAAUACUUCUACCUCAAGCAGCAAAACUUUAAGAUUGAAGAUGAGGAAGAUCUGUGUCAUGACUUUGAAAGACUGCAGCAGGCGAUGGAGAUGGUUGGCUUUCUUCCCGCCACCAAGAAACAGAUCUUUUCUGUCCUCUCGGCCAUCUUGUAUUUGGGCAACGUGACCUACACAAAGAGGUCAAAUGGCCGUGAUGAGGGGUUGGAUGUGGGACCCCCAGAGGUCCUGACCACACUCUCUGACCUACUGAAGGUUAAAGAGGAGCUCCUGGUUGAGGCGCUGACAAAGAGGAAAACCGUGACUGUAAAUGACAAGCUGAUUCUCUCUUACAGCCAAUCUGAGGCCGUCACAGCCAGAGACUCCAUGGCCAAAUCUCUGUACAGUGCCUUGUUCGACUGGAUCGUCCUACGCAUCAAUCAUGCACUGCUUAACAAGAAAGACAUGGAGGAAUCUAUCCCAUGCUUGUCCAUUGGUGUCCUGGAUAUUUUUGGCUUUGAAGACUUUGCAACGAACAGCUUUGAGCAGUUCUGCAUCAACUACGCAAACGAGCAGUUGCAGUUUUACUUCAACCAUCACAUCUUUAAUCUGGAACAGGAGGAAUACCAAGCAGAGGGAAUCACUUGGCACAACAUCCACUAUACAAACAAUGUGGGCUGCAUCCAUCUCAUCAGCAAGAAGCCUACUGGCCUGCUGUACCUGCUGGAUGAGGAGAGCAACUUUCCCCACGCCACAGAUGAGACUUUAUUAGCCAAAUUCAAGCAGCAGCACCAGGGCAACAAAUACUUCGUCCCCACACCAGUGAUGGAGCCUGCCUUUGUCAUUCGCCACUUUGCAGGGAAAGUCAAAUAUCAAAUCAAGGAUUUCCGGGAAAAGAACACGGACCACAUGCGUCCUGACAUUGUGGCAUUGUUGCGGAGCAGUGAUCGUGCAUAUGUCCGGCAGCUCAUCGGCAUGGAUCCAGUGGCCAUGUUUCGCUGGGGCAUCCUCCGUGCCACUAUCAGAGGCAUUGCUGCUUUCAACGAGGCUGGCCGUUCCUGGGCUGCCAAAACGUCAGGUGUUGUCCGUCCAGUCUCCAGAACUCCUUUAGGAGAGCUUCAACGGUCCAAUGCCCCAAUAGAAAGAAUGUACAAACGAGCGUCUAUGCUCGAUUUCUACUUUGAUCACUCAGAGGAGCGCCCUCUAGAGGCCUUUGAAGACAUCUUUGCUAGCUAUGAAAAUAAGAAAGACAUGCAUGCAGAGAUCAUCAGCUCCAUUAAGAACUUGCAGCUGGAUGGUGAGGACCCCCGCAAGCUGUUGCAGUCCUGGGGUCGCCUCCGCUUCCCGCGUCACGUCCUCCAGAAAAACAAGAAUGCCAAACAGAAGCAGGUCAUCCCCAAGAGUUUGCUGGAUUCUCGGUCCCUGAAAUAUAUUGUGAGCCUGACGCUGCACGAUCGCACUACAAAGUCUCUGCUGCACCUGCACAAGAAGAAGAAGACGCCUAGCAUCAGCGCCCAGUUCCAGACUUCUCUGACCAAACUCUUGGAGACUUUGAACAGGGCAGAGCCUUUUUUCAUCCGGUGCAUCCGCUCAAAUGCUGAAAAGAAGGAGAUGUAUCUGGAUGAGGCCUUGGUGGUCCAGCAACUACGAUACACAGGAAUGCUGGAAACUGUUCGCAUAAGGAGGUCAGGCUAUGGAGCCAAGUACACAUUCCAGGAAUUCAUUGAGCAGUUCAGAGUUUUGUUGCCAAAGAGCGUGACUGCCUGUAAAGUGGACAUCUCAGCUCUGCUUGAAAAGAAGAUGGGCCUGGACCACACCACGUAUCAGAUAGGCAAAACUAAGGUGUUCUUGAAGGAGCUGGAGCGACAGCAGCUGCAGGACACGCUGCACAAGGAUGUAAUGCGCAAGAUCAUCUUCCUUCAGCGUUGGUUCAGAGCUCGUCUCCAAAGGAGGGAGUUUUUGGACAUGAGACAAGCAGCCAUCAUGAUCCAGCGAUCAUGGCGCAGAUACUGUAAAGAGGAGCAGAGGCAGCGUGCAGCAACUUUAGUCCAGGCGGUGUGGAGAGGGCACAGACAGCGAGUAGAGUACCACAGCCAAAAACAGGGUGCUACCAAAAUACAAGCCCUAGUGAGAGGCCAUUCAGCACGCAGGAGGUGUCAGUCCAUGCGUGAGGACAAACAGAAAAAGGAAGAAGAGGAAAAAGAAGCUGAGAGGAGGGCAGAAGAAGAAGAAAGGAGGAGGAGGGAAGAGGAGGAAGAGGCAAGGAGAAAAUUGGAAGAGGAGGAGGAAGAAAGGAGGAGGCUGGAAGAAGAAGCCAGGAGAAAGGAGGAAGAGGAGGAAGCACAGAGGAGAGCAGAGGAGGAAGAGGCAGCUAGGAAAGCAGAGGACGCACAGAAAAAGAGAGAAGAGGAGGAGAAACAACUGGCAAAAGAGCCUCAAACAAGAGAGGAUCCUGACAUAGAGCUGGUUAUGGAAGAGAUGCUUGAUGAGAACAUCUCUGGACAGGAGACUGAGGAAGAGAGGGGAGAGGAGGACCUAGAGGCAAAAUCAAGCUCGCAUACAGAGGAGGAGGAGGAGGAGGAGGAGGAACAGGAUGAAGAGCUGGAGGAUGAGGAGUUACAUUUGGAGAGUAAUGGUACUGUGGCUGAGGCUGGUCCCCAGCUGGAUGAGACACGGGAGAAAGAGCAGGAUUUGGAGAGUCAAACACUAGAACCUGGUUCACCCUCUGAUGCAGUGACCUCCAACGCACUUACAUCCACAUCUCCAUCAGAUGAACAGGCUCACAGCACUACCUCCAUACCUUCCAAUGCUGAACAAGACAGAGUACGACCUCCACUUAUUAGUAAGAGCCACUCAUCCCGGAGCCAGGAGAAGAGGGAGCAAAGGAGACGAAGAGGACUGGAACACAAUCAGAGAGAGACUGAUCGAGCCGCCUCUUCCUCCAUCUCCUCAGCCGUCAGCAAAGACCAAAUCUCCCGGCCGAAGAGCAGAAGCCUGGAGAUCUCUAAGCCUAAAGAGCAUUCAGAUAGCAAAGAGCUGGACCAGUACACUUUUGUGGCCUGGAAGAUGAAGGAAGAAAAGGGCGGGAAGAAGGAGGCAAAGACUUCUCCACCUGCUGCUUCUGGUCUUGUUCGUCCAUCUACGUUGUCCCUAAGGCCUGCCGACUCUAUACCUGAGAAAAAUGGCCUGGGGGAUGGAGCAGGAGCAGUAAACCUGCAUCGCCGUCCUGGAGCAAUCAAAGAGAAGCCGGAGAAAUGGAAGGGGAGGAGGAGGAGUGAAGGAGAAAACUCUGAGAACACCAGCCCUCCAUCUCACAACUUGGAUGAAAGGAGGAAAAAAACACUGAGUGAAAUGGCCUCAUCAUCAGUAGACAGUUUGUCUCCAGGCUUUGAAGGAGCUGGCACUGCAUCACCCAGAGAUAUUCUUUCUCCCUCAGAAGGACAUGUCGAUGGAUCCAGACGGAGCUCCUUUAGAAAGAAGCAGCAAGAUGGUUCUGGUCAACAAGAUUCAGCCCACGCCUUCCCAUCCACACCAGACAGGUCGGGCGGUUUCUUCAGCAAGAUUUUGAAGAAACGACCCCACAAAGAGGCUCAGACGCCAGACAACGGAGAACUGACACUUGCUCAGAUUCUCAGUGAAAAACCACCAGGAGGGGAAGCCCCGUCAGGUGGACAUGCUUCCCGGCCUCUCCCCCAGCCACAUGGCGACCGUGCUGGUAAAGGUUUUAGUCGCAACCCUUCGAUAAAGAUCAGCCGUGCCACUCGUGUCUCGGAGCAGUGGAACGCCUCACUAGACCGUGAAAUCACCAACGCAAAUGAGCUGCGUCACCUCGACGAGUUUCUGGGCAACCAAGUCAAUGAUUUCCGCUCCAGGGGGAAGCCGCUGUCAGCCACCGAGACCAUCUUUGUCACAGCCACCAUGCAGUUCAGAGAGAAUAUCAAAGCCAUGUAUUCCCUCACAAAACCCGCCAUUGGCUACAAAGGUCUGAUGACGGGCUACCAGAACAAAGUGAUCCACCUGGCAGGCGACAAGCAGAAAGGAGAAGUCCAACUUGUGGUCAACUUGUUCCAGUCGGUGCUGGACGGCUUCAUCAGAGGAGAGAUGAAGAAAGAAGAAGCCGAACCUGCAAAGCCCACUAAAGCUCGGAAGAAAAGGAGGAAAAAAGACAAAAGUAUGGAGAGCCCCCUGGAUCAUGUUUUUGUCAACUAUCAGGUCAAUAUUAUGCAGUCAUGUGACCAGUGUAGUUCUUACAUCUGGGGCAUGGAGAAGGCCUACAUGUGCAGCUAUUGUAAAAUGGUGUGCCACAAGAAGUGCAUCUUUAAAAUAGUCACCGAUUGCUCCACCUUCUGUGCCAAAAAGAGUGACGAGGAGUCCAAUGGUCAGCACUUUGGGGUGCGGGUGUGUCACCUGGUCAGCGAUAAAAACCCUGUACCCAUGGUGAUGGAGAUGAUGCUGGAGCACGUGGAGAUGAACGGCCUCUACACCGAGGGCAUCUACCGCAAAUCUGGCUCUGCCAACAGAAUAAAAGAGCUGCACCAGCGACUGGAGACUGACCCCCACCAGGUCUGCCUUGAAGACUACCCCAUCCACACAGUGACAGGCCUGGUUAAACAGUGGCUGAGGGAGCUGCCCGACCCACUCAUGACCUUCAUACAUUACAGUGACUUCCUACAUGCAGUUGAACUGCCAGAGAAGCAGGAACAGCUUCAUGCCAUCUACAAAGUGCUGGAGGAGCUGCCUACAGCAAACUUUAACACAUUGGAGAGACUCGUCUUCCACCUUGUCAGAGUGUGUAAAGAGGAGGCUCACAACCGCAUGUCUUCAAACUCGCUGGCCAUCGUUUUUGCCCCGUGCGUCUUGCGCUGUCCAGACAGUGCUGAUCCACUCCUUAGCAUGAAGGACGUUGCCAAAACCACCAUGUGUUUGGAGAUGCUCAUCAAUGAGCAGAUCAGACGUUACAAUGAGAAGAUGGAGGAGAUCGAGCAGCUGGAGUACGCAGAGGCUUUGGCCAUGAAUCAGCUCAAACUUAAGAGACAAAACACGCACUACUGGCAUUUACCUCUCAGGUUCUCAGCUCCUUACAAAGGAGUGGUGGUUCAUGAGAAGGCCAGUUCUGAUCUCAGUGUGGUUCCUGAAAACGAGCCUCUGGACUCAGACACAGAGGCUGAGAAGAACCUCGUGGAACGCAUCAAGUCCAUCAAACAGGAGAAAGAGGAUCUGGCCUGCCGACUGCCAGAGAUGGAGCAGCCCGGUUCAGACCAAGAGAACUUGGACUCCGAAGCCUCGCUUAGCUCUGAGAGUCUUUUGGACGAGCAGCAGCGCUCCUCUGCUCACAGCUCAGAGCCUGAAGGACAGGAUGAUGCUCAGCUGAGGAGAUGCAAGCCAGUGUGUCCACCUAAACCACCCGACCUGGCCCAGCGACACAAAGUCAAAGGGGGACAUGUCCCUCCACUAAACCUCACCCAUGCUAGCUCCACCUCCUCUAUAUCCAGCUGUGCUUCUUCAACCUCUGAACGAUCCAACAGGCAACCGCUGCAGCGCCGCAACCCUGUCAUCCCAGACACAGUCAAACUUCCCCCAGGUGUCCACUCCCAGUGUGCAGCCAUGAGUCCAACUCAGUCUUGCACUCCUCCUAUAAAUCGAGCUUUUAAGUACUUGAUUAGGAGAAGAGAACAACAGGGCCGCCGUAAAGACAGCACCCAGUCCCUGUAUAUCGACAGCCCGGAGUGUGACCUGCUCUUGCAUUUCUCCUCCUGCCCUCCCUCCACUUUAUCCUCCUCCAUCUCCCUAGUGACUCACUCUCCUCCACAUGAGCAACAUGAGGCGCAAGCCUCAAAGGACAAGAGACGUUUUUCUGACUCCGAUGUACCUUACACAGAAGAGGACGUAUGACUGGGGCAGAACAUAGACAAUGGAGGAGGAUUAGGUCAACAAUCUCCAAAUAGACAAAAGAAUAAAAAGAAUCAUACAGAGGAAGAGAAACAGAUGAACAUGAUGCCACAGUGGCUCCACAAAGAUGAACAGAUGUGACACAGUGGAGUCCGUCGUCAGAGAGAAACUGCUAAUAUGUUUAAAGUCUCGUCAGACAUGACAGUAAAAAAAAGAUGUUGCCAAGCACCUUUUCUAUCUUUUUUUUGAUAUAUUGUGUUUACUGUCGAUUAAUUCAGACGGGACACAGGCUGGAUUUUGUGUAGCCUUUUCAUGAUGACAUUUUGGGUUUUUUGUGCUAAUUCAAGGAAAUAAUAGAGGUUCCAGUCGCACUUUUCAUUUCUUAAUUAUCUUUAUGAGCAACGCGUGCUCAUCGAACUGUUAGCUAGAGCUAGUGCCUUGAUAUUGUACAGUAAAUGGAACAAGAAACUCAUUUCGCUUGUCAUUAUAAUGGAAAAUUGCUCAUAGAGGGAGGGAUAUCAAGGAGAAAGAGAGUAACUUUCUUGCAGAAUUUUUUGUUGAUUGUACUGAACCAAUGCAAGAAAGGACGUGUUCCAAACGAGGACCUCACCAUGCACAAUGUGACUGUUGUACGAAAGAGUCUAUCUGCCUCCACCUUGAACCUGCCGCACAGCCAACACCAGACAGAUUCAUUGCCUUCACAAAGCAAAGGGAAAUGGGAGCAGCACACGCCACUUUUUUCCCUUUUCGAGACAAUAAACACACAAACACACCAGCCAUUAUGCAACAACCAUGCCAUGAUGUCUUUAAAGCUCAAAAUCCUUAAUUUCCCUUUACUCCUUUCCCUUUUCAUUGUUUCACUCAGCUGUGGACAGUCACAUAAUGAGCAGGUUCUGCUUAAACACAUUUCAACUCUGCAUGAAAUGUAAUACUAAUGUUCCUCUCUGACUGCUGUUGAAUGGUGUCUGCUAGUGUGUCUUGAUUAUGAGGAAGAUGUGUAAUGUGUAAAGGCGUGUAUGUUUGGGACUGAAUGUUAUUAGUAUUAACGUGACAAUACAGAAAGUGAUGCUUGUAA